CUGUUUGCACUUCGCCUCCUACAUGAAAGUUGUGAAAGUGGAUGUUUAUGCAGUUUGCAGGAGGCCCAAAAGAGGAUGAAGAUAAAGAAGCCGCCACAUAUUCUGGUCAUCCACCUCAAGCGCUUCAAGUACAUCGAGCAGCUUGGCCGCUACAAGAAGUUAUCGUACCGCGUGGUGUUCCCCAUGGAGCUGAAGCUCACAAACACGGUUGAUGGUGCAGAUGACUCAGAGUACUCCCUUUUUGCAGUUGUCGUCCAUGUAGGGACUGGCCCCAAUCACGGCCACCACGUCAGCGCGGUGAAAAGCCACAGCCAUUGGCUCUUCCUUGAUGAUGAGAAUGUGGAUAUGAUGGAUGAGUCAAUCCUGCAGUCAUUCUUUGGUUCUGCCCAGGAGUUGUAGACAUGAGUGUUAUUUUAAUAUGUAAUAUGAGAAUUUAUGUUUUUAUAUUUAUCGCAAUCAAUGUAUGGUUCCUUGUUGUGUUCAUCAAAAUCAACGUAUAUUUGUUUACUUUUA